UAUGUAUCGAUUCAAUUCUCACGAUCGUCGAUUGGACCGUUCUAUGGAAGUUGCUCUUAUGAUUAUGGAGUCAUUUAAAUCUUUUGAACAUAAAUUUCAAUACCAAAUUUUUGGACAUAGCGGAGAUUCACCUAAUGUUGAAUUCGUAAAAACAGGGAAAUAUCCGCGUACCGAAAAGGAGACAUUUAAAGUGAUGAAUAAAAUGCAUACACAUUCGCAGUUUUGUCUUAGUGGAGAUAAUACACUGGGUGCAGUUUUACAUGCUAUUAAAGAUAUUACAAAAGAAGCAGCAGAUGAUUAUUUUGUUAUUGUGCUUUCUGAUGCUAAUAUUCAACAAUAUAAAAUUAACCCAGAAGAUAUUGCAAAAGCAUUGAAAGAAGAUGAGAGGGUAAACUCCUUUAUAAUAUUUAUUGGAUCUUUACAAGAUCAAGCUGAAAA